CUAUCGCACCCUCUCUAUACGCUCUGCAAUUACUCCAUUCCUGCCACAUCUUCUUCAUCACCUCUUUCCCCCUUCUUCUUCUCCUUCAUCCACUUCUAACCUUUUCGUUUCUCUCUCUUACCCCCCCCUCUCCCUCAUGGGUUUUUCUGUCUCCUUUUCUUUUCUUUCCCUUUCAUCACCACACGCCAACAAUUCUUCUUAAAUUCUAUUCACAAGAAACGCACCAUCUGCAAUAAAACCUGAAAACCUUCAUUCUUGGGUGCCCAAAACUGCUUUUCUGCAAUCUCUUUAAUCUCCCAAAACCAGAUCUCCAUCUCCUCUCUUUCGCUAAACCCUAAUUUAGGACAAGGGUUUUCUUCUCGUUUAUUGUAUCAAAGCUCCAACGAAAAGCGAAAAGAUUUGAGUUGGACACCACCGAAGAUUUCGUGGGCGUUAUAUGUAACAACGGUUUGAGAAAAAAAGAAAAAAGAUACAGCUAGAGAGUGUCAAAGGCCAGUUCAAACUGUCAACUCCUUCGCUGCAAAAUUUUUUCUUUUUUUUUUUUCUUUCUCGGUUUAGUCCUUGGGCACGUCACGACAGCGGAGAUAAAGUCUUGUUUGAAAUCCAAAAACCAAGAAACAAAAAAGUCCAUCAUCAAACCUUAAAAGAAACAACAAAACAAAAGUCCAUUGCUAGUCUGUUGUUACUUGUAACCAUCCCAUUUGUUUUUCUCCCUCUGCCAGAGAAUCUACAAAAACUUCAACGCACUAACUUUUAGAAACCCAACUUAACUUUAUAUACCCCAUUUUGCCAGAAUUAGAGAGAAUAGUUUCUAGGGUUUAUAUGGUGCUUCAUGCCAUCUCGGAUUGAAUGAAUCUUCCGGCAACUCGGAAUAUUCCGAUGCUCAGACCGAAAGAAUAGUCGAUUGAACAAGUCUUAGGUUGGAAGAAGGGGGAAGUAGGAUGUUUCAGCCAAACAUGUUCGAUAGCCACCAUCACCUGCUGGAUAUGACGCAUAAAACACCUGAAAAUGAGAUGGACCUGAUUAGAGACGACGAGUAUGAGAGUAAAUCUGGCACUGAUAUUAUGGAGGCACCAUCUGGCGAUGAUCAAGAUCCCAAUCAACGCCCAAAGAAGAAGAGAUACCAUCGCCACACACAGCACCAGAUCCAGGAAAUGGAAUCCUUCUUCAAUGAAUGCCCUCACCCCGACGACAAACAGAGGAAAGAGCUUGGCCGACGGCUAGGAUUAGAACCUUUGCAAGUGAAAUUUUGGUUUCAGAACAAACGUACUCAAAUGAAGGCCCAACACGAGCGCCAUGAGAACACCCAACUGAGAAACGAAAAUGAGAAGCUUCGAGCAGAAAAUAUACGCUACAAAGAGGCUCUCAGCAAUGCUACUUGUCCCAACUGCGGAGGCCCAGCGGCCAUUGGCGAGAUGUCGUUUGAUGAGCAGCAUCUCAGAAUAGAAAAUGCUCGCUUAAGGGAAGAGAUUGAUAGGAUAUCUGGGAUAGCUGCAAAAUAUGUUGGGAAACCUAUGUUGUCAUAUCCUCAUUUAUCACCGGGAGCGUCGCGGUCGCUUGAUCUAGGAGUGGGGAAUUUCGGGGGUCAGACAGGUGGCAUAGGUGGGGAAGUAUUUGGAGCUGCUGAUCUUCUUAGGUCAGUAUCAGGGCCUACUGAUGCUGAUAAGCCCGUGAUCAUCGAGUUGGCCGUUGCAGCAAUGGAGGAACUCAUCAGAAUGGCUCAAACUGGAGAGCCCUUGUGGAUUCCAAGCACCGAGAAUGCUGCUGAGAUUUUGAGUGAGGAGGAAUAUGGAAGGACCUUCCCCCGCGGGAUCGGCCCCAAGCCUUUAGGAUUGAAAUCCGAGGCAUCCCGGGAGUCGGCCGUCGUCAUCAUGAACCACAUCAACCUGGUCGAGAUAUUGAUGGAUGUGAAUCAAUGGUCGAGUGUGUUCGCCAGCAUUGUGUCGAGAUCAGUGACUUUGGAGGUAUUGUCUACUGGUGUGGCAGGCAACUACAACGGAGCUUUACAAGUGAUGACCGCUGAAUUCCAAGUGCCCUCUCCUUUGGUCCCAACACGCGAGAAUUACUUUGUGAGAUACUGCAAGCAACACACCGACGGGACUUGGGCAGUGGUUGAUGUUUCUUUAGACAAUUUGAGGCCUACUUCCAUUUCAAGAUGCAGGCGACGGCCGUCUGGUUGUUUGAUUCAGGAGUUACCUAAUGGUUACUCUAAGGUGACAUGGGUUGAACAUGUAGAGGUAGACGAUCGAGCAGUCCACAGCAUCUACAAGCCACUGGUUAAUUCAGGACUAGCAUUCGGGGCUAAGCGCUGGGUUGCCACUCUUGACAGGCAAUGCGAACGGCUAGCCAGCGUGAUGGCUAAUAACAUUUCCGCAGGAGAUGUUGGAGUGAUAUCAUCGCCAGAAGGUAGAAAGAGCAUGCUUAAGCUGGCGGAGAGGAUGGUGAUGAGUUUCUGCACGGGCGUCGGAGCUUCAACUGCUCAUACGUGGACGACGCUGUCGGGGAGCGGCGCGGAUGAUGUUAGGGUGAUGACCAGAAAAAGCAUGGAUGAUCCAGGCAGGCCGCCUGGUAUUGUGCUCAGCGCCGCAACUUCUUUCUGGCUUCCCGUCCCCCCCAAGCGAGUUUUCGAUUUUCUGCGCGACGAGAAUUCAAGAAGCGAGUGGGAUAUUCUCUCAAACGGCGGCCUUGUUCAAGAAAUGGCACACAUCGCUAAUGGGCGUGAUCCGGGAAAUUCAGUCUCCCUGCUGCGCGUCAACAGCGCAAAUUCGAGCCAGAGCAACAUGUUGAUACUGCAGGAGAGCAGCACCGACGCAACGGGAUCGUACGUGAUCUACGCUCCGGUAGACAUCCACGCGAUGAACGUGGUCCUGAGCGGCGGCGACCCCGACUACGUGGCUCUUCUUCCGUCAGGUUUUGCGAUACUCCCCGACGGACCCAACAAUGAAGAGGGCGGCAUUCCGGAGGUGGGUUCGGGCGGAUCGCUGCUGACGGUGGCCUUCCAGAUACUAGUGGACUCAGUUCCGACGGCGAAGCUUUCAUUAGGCUCAGUAGCAACCGUCAAUAGCCUCAUCAAAUGCACCGUCGAGAGGAUUAAGGGCGCAGUCCUCUGCGACACCGCCUAACAACAACCCUCCAUUUCCUUGUGCAGGGGAAUUGGAAGAGCGCAACGAGGAUUUGUUUACCGUAGGAAAUGAAUGAAGGGGAUCGGAGAAGUCAAGAACGCACCUCGCGUGAUCCUUGCAGUAGUAGCACUGCUGCAAGGGAUUAGGGUUCGGGUAUUGACUCUACCCGUUAACUAGAGUUGAAGUAAACAAAGACCUGCUUUAAUUGUCUAUGCAAAACUGCUGCUGCUAUGUAUUAUCGAUCUCUUUUCUUUACAAACUAGUAAUUCCUUUGGUUUUGUUCAAAGGGGUAUUAAAUUAGCCACAAAUCUUGCUUCUUUUUAACCAACAACACUUUAUGUAUUUGCCGUCUUCGCCUCUUUGCUGUCUUCCAGUGUUCGGAAAAGCAACGGACACUUUCAUUAAUAUUAUCAAAUUUAAUUGUUGUAAGAAAA